GUCUUCUCCAUGCGGCUCGGGCUAUGACAGCCUCCGUGCUCCUCCACCCCCGCUGGAUCGAGCCCACCGUCAUGUUUCUCUACGACAACGGCGGCGGCCUCGUGGCCGACGAGCUCAACAAGAACAUGGAAGGGGCGGCGGCGGCCGCGGCGGCGGCAGCCGCGGCAGCGGCAGCCGGGGCCGGGGGCGGGGGCUUCCCCCAUCCGGCGGCCGCGGCCGCGGGGGGCAACUUCUCGGUGGCGGCGGCGGCCGCAGCGGCGGCGGCAGCCGCGGCCAACCAGUGCCGCAACCUGAUGGCUCACCCGGCGCCCCUGGCGCCCGGCGCCGCGGCCGCUUACAGCAGCGCGCCCGGGGAGGCGCCCCCGUCGGCCGCCGCCGCCGCCGCCGCUGCUGCCGCCGCCGCCGCCGCGGCCGCGGCUGCGUCGUCCUCGGGAGGGCCCGGCGCGGCGGGCCCGGCGGGAGCCGAGGCCGCCAAGCAGUGCAGUCCCUGCUCAGCGGCGGCGCAGAGCUCGUCGGGGCCCGCGGCGCUGCCCUACGGCUAUUUCGGCAGCGGCUACUACCCGUGCGCCCGCAUGGGCCCGCACCCCAACGCCAUCAAGUCGUGCGCGCAGCCCGCCUCGGCCGCCGCCGCCGCCGCCUUCGCCGACAAGUACAUGGACACCGCCGGCCCGGCGGCGGAGGAGUUCAGCUCCCGCGCUAAGGAGUUCGCCUUCUACCACCAGGGUUAUGCGCCCGGGCCUUACCACCACCAUCAGCCGGUGCCGGGCUACCUGGAUAUGCCGGUGGUGCCGGGCCUCGGGGGCCCCGGCGAGUCGCGCCACGAGCCCCUGGGUCUUCCCAUGGAAAGCUACCAGCCCUGGGCGCUGCCCAACGGCUGGAACGGCCAAAUGUACUGCCCCAAAGAGCAGGCGCAGCCUCCCCACCUCUGGAAGUCCACUCUGCCCGACGUGGUCUCUCAUCCCUCAGACGCCAGCUCCUACAGGCGGGGGAGAAAGAAGCGCGUCCCUUACACCAAGGUGCAAUUAAAAGAACUCGAACGGGAAUACGCUACAAACAAAUUCAUUACCAAGGACAAACGGAGGCGGAUAUCAGCCACGACGAAUCUCUCCGAGCGGCAGGUUACAAUCUGGUUCCAGAAUAGGAGGGUCAAAGAGAAAAAAGUCAUCAACAAACUGAAGACCACUAGUUAAUGGAUUAAAAGUGGAACAAGCGGGCAACUUGAAGAAAUGCUUCAGAACUCGUUGCUUUACCCAGCUAAUGAUUAUAAUGUUUAAUAACAAUUGAAGAAUGGGAAAGAGAGAGACACUGGCAUUUUGCUUUCCUGAGGGGGGAAUCUCUUUCUCCUUGGAAUCUACAACUCUUUUAAAACUUUACUUUAAGAAAUGGUAAAGACUGCCAAUCCUUCCGCCAACCCCACCAGACCCAGACCGUUAAAUGACAAACUCUAGAGUCAAAUGUCAACCCCCAAAUAUGCAAUUUCAGAUAAGUUACGCAUUUACUGAAAUCUUGUAAGUAUUUAUGUGACUAUUAUAUUUUAGGACAUUAUAUUAUAUGGUAAUAAUCCAAAAAUUGGUUACAAAAGCAAGAGGCUGUUGUAAACAUCUGCUUGUCCUUGGGUUGCCUUCACCAUCCCCUUUGCAUGUUAAGUGACUGCUCAGGUAAAUGUUAGUGAAAAUCCUACCGUUGUUGUAUAUUCUGCAAAACAUGUAUAGAUUUAGAGGGGAAAAGACAAGAAGGUACUGAAAUAAUGAUUUUGGACUAUUUACUAUGAAGGGAGAAAGGGAGAGAAAGCUCUUCCCAGGAUCAUUUGUCUUGGUAGUGAAUACAACCAGCUGAGCCUUUUAGGCUACAAGGGAACCCCAGGUUGGGAAUGUCCUUCUGAUAAUCUUUAUUUGCUUAUCACAAGCACAUUUUGUGGCAUUUGAAGUAUGUUUUCUGCCCUGAUACCACUUACUUCCAAAGGAUUUUAUGUCUAAAAAUAUUGAAAGCGUCAGAAGAUUCACAGAAUUCACUUCAUAGCAGAUCUCCUGAGAGGUCCCAACCCCUAACAUGGUGGACUUUGGUUUAAAUACAAUUAAUUUUGUUUUCAUUUAAAUGGCUGUUUUCCAAUAUUUACUAAACAUUUUGCGGGAUAAAUAAUUUUCCUUUUUUAUUUUUUAGAAAACUCAGAAAAGAAAUCCAUUCCCCCCACCCCAAAACAUUUAGAUGUUUACAUUCUAUAUUUUGAUCUAUUAAGGGAUUAGUAUUUUUCCUUGUUUAUUGUGUUAUGAGACCGUAUUAGAAAGUUUAGGAAUUCAUCUUCACAGCUCAUUUUUAAUCAAGCAGUUAUUUCAAUCAGCACAUUCAUUUUGUUCAUAUUCACUAUAAAAUGCUAUCUUGUAAAUAAAGACAUUCGGCACACUGUGAAAAUGUAUUUGUGCACCUGCUUUUUAAAUAUUUCUAC